UAGGCAGGUUAUAAAAACAAAACAAAUUUCGAUAAAAUAAGCUUCGCUACUCCACCUCCUCGUGCACACUCGGGCUGAAUACCCGUCCCUCUCAGACUACAACGGCCGACCUUCGCCCACUUUCUCCCCAUUUGCCGUAGAGGGAUAGACGUAAAAGACCCUUCCGCAUCGAAGAGCAGCGAUGGGUAAGAAUCCCCCCUCCUCCUCGACGCCAAAAGGCCCAGAUCCUAGGCCGGAAGCGGUCGAUACACGACCGGAAAAAUGCCCGUACACUGGCAAAUAUAUCACUAUAUUCUUCGGGGGCCCGGACGAGACCUAUGGGCACUUCGACGACAGGGUGGCCAUCGUCAGUCGCUCCCUCGUCGCCAACUAUGCCAGGUUAGCCUCAUGGUUCUUCCCCCCAGACUUAGCGAUCCGCCUAAACACCACCGCCGAUGCUGGUCAUGUUUUCGUCCACUUCCUCAUGACCCGCACGUACCAGUGCCUCAAGCCAAAAGGAUCGUCUCCCCAUAAGAAAUGUGUUUCCGAGUUCGAGACGAGCGUCCGAGUGUAUUCGCUGGCGCAUCGAUACGAGGUGUUUCCCCUGGAGGCAUUGGCAAAGAACGAAAUGGAACGCCUCGGCCAGAAGCUACAAGCGCCGCAAAUCUUCGACGUGAUGAAGGAUAUACAGCUCCACCCAGGAGCUAUCAAUGUAUGGCUUCGCAAGUUUAUCAAGUCCCGGGUAGACGCAUUUAUUAGCCAGUCCCCCGCAUCCUCGAUAGUCGGCUCUGCUAAGAGCCUCAGCGAUGCCUUGUCGGUCCCCGCCAUCUUUUUCGGGGCCGCGCUCGAAUUAUACCGCGAGAAGUUGGGUACUGCCCGGUCGGACUCUAGCCGCGGGACCCCAUGCCCAAGCCAAAAAGAGCCUGCCGGCGUUAUCCCUCCUGAAAAAAGCCCGGCCUGCAAUCCUGAACUGGACCAGUCAAGUGUUUCUGAGUUCUCGCCAGAACCCCAGCCCGAAGGCAGUCUAGGCUCGACGAAAACUAUGAGGAGGGUGAGAAUUAAUAAAAAGAAGGUUAUAUUUCCGAAGUAUUUUGUAGUUGCUUUUACCUCGAUUCCCAAUGAAUCCGGGCAAGACAAACAGCGAGCAGAACCAAGAGAGAAGCAAGGCGAGAAGACCUCCGGCGGUAUUUUCACCCAGAAUUCUUCCUUCAACAGCCGGCCGUUCAUCACCAAGCCGGGGGAAGUGCAGCAACCCCCCCCGUCUAGCAACGUUCCGUCCCUUUUCGGAGGUAUAUUCGGUAAUGCUAACCAGAAUCCCCCCUCUGGCUCGACUACGGCUACUAGAAACCUAUCUCUGCCGAAAUUUAAUCCUCUCAACUCAGUCACCGCCGAGAAAGCAAGCCCAGGAGACGCCUUUCAUGGAAUGGAAAACGUGCCUUCGACUAGGGGAGCAUUGACGUACUAUGAAGUGCUGGGAGCAACGGCCCCGUGGCCUCAAGUCGACCGAUUUCUACAUAUAUGUGUGCAGCCGGAGUGGCAAGCCUUUUCCCCCGAGGAGCUGCGAUGGAAACACGAGCUCGACAGCCAAAGUGAGUGCGCGCUGAUCAGGCGCCUUUUCUCCGGGGCCACAGGACAAAAGGGCCACUAAACGGCGGAGGCUUUUACGUUACUUGCUUGCUUUCAGUUUACGAUGUUCGGGGCGCGUAUUGUAAUACGCACGGAAAGCGAUGUCCACAAUCUGCGUGGGCGGGGAGACGAGGCCGUCGUUAAGGAACUGUAGGUAGUCACCAGGGAAAACGAGAAACCACGCUUUGCGCGGAUGAUCUGCUUUCCCGAACGGCUGCUUGGAGCCAAAGUUGGAGAACUGUUAAUAAACACUUCCGUUUUCCUUUCUUCACCCGUUAGAAGAGCCAUGCGCUCGGCCACGAUAACGAUAAACACGCUGUUCCCGGCGCCCGUCUUAGCGUGUUAUGAACCGGAGCUACUAUCUUCUCAGGCCUG